AUGGUAUGCCUCAUGUUCAAAACAGUCGACAACAAUAACUCCAAAUCCGAAAAUGAGUUAUUUUUGGACAGUCAAGUUCAGUUUUUAAAUUCCAUAAUCGCUGAUAUGCAGCACAGGCAGAGUGAAUUGCAAAGUAAAAUAGAUGUAUUGGAAGGCGGUAAUUUUAACCCUGAAUUGUUGUAAAGUAAAAAGAUGCCGACGCCAAGAUUAUACUGUGAUAUUUGCGAGGAAUUCGACGCUCAUGACACUGAAGAUUGUCCCAAACAGGAUACCGACAGUCCUAUCAAAACGCAAACCAGGACUGUACCGCCACCGCGACCUUAUUGUGAAAUUUGCGAAGAAUUUGGUCAUGAAUCUGAAAAUUGUGAUGUAGAAGAGACUUACUGAGUAUAAUAGAGCAUAAUUUACUGUUAAGUAAUUAUUUAUUUUGUUAUUUAUAAGUAAAUAAAGAAUGUAUAUAUAUAUAUAUAUAU